CAACGCCUCAUAUUCUCUUCUUCCAUUUCUAUGUACUCGAGUUUUCUCGGAUCAUCAUUCCCUCUAAUACCACUUUCUUCUCCUAACAAUUCCUUCAAGUUUUCAUCUUUAACAAUGGCCGCUUGUAUUCACGCUUCAAGAACAAAAAAUCCACCAAAAAACCCACUUUCUCGUGACCCAGACAAGCCACAAAUCGAUAACCAUGUCUACAAUUACGUCAAAUACUGCCGACCCACUUUCCCUGACCUUGUUUCCUGCAAACCCUUUUCAGAAAAAAGCUCGAAAAUCGAGGAAUUGGGAGAUGAGUUAUGGCUGAAAAUGAAAGAGGAAGCUAGGUCAGAUAUUGACCAAGAACCAAUUUUGUCUAGUUAUUACGUUUCUUCAAUUCUAGCUCAUGAAUCCAUGGAGAGAGCUUUAGCUAAUCAUCUUUCUAUGAAAUUGGGUAAUCCUAAUCUUCCUAGUACUACUUUGUUUGAUUUAUUUAUUGGGGUGUUAACAGAAGAAACAGAUAUAAUUAAAUCUGUUAAAGCUGAUUUAAGAGCUGUUAAGGAAAGGGACCCUGCUUGUAUUAGUUACGUACACUGUUUCUUGAAUUUUAAAGGGUUUUUAGCUUGUCAAGCUCAUAGAAUUGCGCAUAAGUUAUGGUCUAAAGGGAGGCAAAUUCUUGCUCUGUUGAUACAAAACAGAGUAUCUGAAGUUUUUGCUGUUGAUAUUCAUCCUGGUGCUAAAAUUGGUAAAGGGAUUUUACUUGAUCAUGCUACUGGUGUUGUUGUUGGUGAAACUGCUGUAAUUGGGAACAAUGUUUCGAUUUUGCAUAAUGUGACAUUAGGUGGCACUGGUAAAGCAUGUGGGGAUAGACAUCCUAAGAUUGGUGAUGGUGUUUUGAUUGGUGCUGGAACUUGUGUUCUUGGAAAUGUUAGAAUUGGAGAUGGGGCUAAGAUUGGGGCAGGGUCUGUUGUGUUGAAGGAAGUUCCGGCGAGGACAACCGCUGUUGGGAAUCCGGCGAGAUUGCUAGGAGGGAAGGAGAAUCCAAAGAGACUUGAUAAGAUACCUAGCUUCACUAUGGAUCAUACUUCACAUAUAUCAGAGUGGUCUGAUUAUGUAAUAUAAAAUUGCACAACUUUGAGUUUUGUUUACUAUUGUUUUAACUUCAUAUUUGAUUAGUUAAAAGCUACGUUGCUCGGACUCUCUUAAAAUGCUGUUAGGACACGGACCGAGCAUUUUUGAAGAAUUUAAGCAACGUAGGUGAAAAGGUCCUCGCGGAAUUUUAGUUUUAGGGAGAAUCCAAGUUCUCUUAAAUGCAGAGAUGUUGUAACAUAUACCUUUAAUGGUAACUGGUUUAAGAUUUAAGAGAUUACUGUACUAGUUUACUUGAUAUAGCAAAUAGUUCAGUGUUGGAUGAAUUAUCAUCAUGUUGGUAUAUGUCUCAUAGGAGUUAUUGCUUAAGUUCAAAUGUGGACAGGUUUUGUGAGUUCAAUUGAACCUAUUGCUUUCGACUCGAACUAUGUGUACAUAUUAUAAAAUAAUUGAAAUGUAUACAUGUAACUUAUUGUUACUUGGCA